UAAAGCUCAUCUAACUCAAGCCUCCCCAGAAGUCACACUCCAGCUGUCUUUCCUCACUGCAUCUCACUGUCUCUGUUCACAGAUAUGGAAAAAAUCCAACACACUCAUGUUGAAGUUAGAGGAGUAAAGCUUCACGUUGCUGAAGUUGGAACAGGUCCUAAGGUGGUGGUGUUCUUGCAUGGAUUCCCAGAGAUCUGGUAUUCCUGGAGGUUCCAGAUGAUUGCUGUUGCAAACGCUGGCUACCGAGCCAUUUCGAUCGAUUUCAGGGGCUAUGGACUGUCCGACCACUCAGCUGUGCCCGAGAAAACAACGUAUAUGGACCUUGUUCAAGAUGUUGUUGCCCUUCUCGACUAUUUCACCAUCAAUAAGGCUCUGCUUGUUGGGAAGGACUUUGGAGCUCUGCCGGUAUUCAUUCUAGCCGCACUCCAUCCUGAAAGAGUGGCUGGAGUUGUAACACUAGGCAUCCCUUUCAUGGUACCUGGACCAUCUGUUGUUCAGAUGCUUGAUAACCUUCCAAAUGGGUUCUACGUAAAAAGAUGGCAGGUGCCCGGCCGAGCUGAAGCGGAUUUUGGCCGAUUUGAUGUGAAGACGGUGAUAAGAAGGAUUUACACUCAUUUCUCAGGAAGUGAGCUGCAAGUAGCUGCUGAUGAUCAGGAGACCUUGGACUUGGUUGACCCAUCGACUCCUCUGCCACCCUGGUUGACCGAGAAAGAUCUCUCUGUUUAUGCUUCUUUAUAUGAAAAAUCAGGUUUCCGUACUGCAUUGACGGUUCCCUACAGGACUUUUGGAGAAGAAUGCAUUACUACUGAUCCCAAAAUCAACUGUCCAUCUUUGUUGAUUAUGGGUGAGAAGGAUUAUGUUCUCAAGUUCCCAGGGUUAGAGGACUUCAUACGGUCCGGGCAGGUGAAGAAUUUCAUGCCUAACUUGGAGAUCAUCUUCAGCGAAGAGGGAAACCAUUUCAUUCAAGAACAGCUUCCAGAGCAAGUGAAUCACCUCAUCAUUACCUUCCUUAACAAAUGUAGCACCUGAAGAUUGCCCAAGUGUUUUAAGUGUCCUAUUUGGAAAGAAUAAAUCCUACAUGGGUAGGCCCAAAAUGUUGGAUAAACUUGUCUGAAUAAUGGUGUAAUCAGCUAAUCUGAGCUAGAAACAUGUUUCUCUACUUCUGGUUUUAAUAAUUCUGGGUUUCAAUUUA